CACAGUCAACAGAGGAGUGCCAGAUCCUUGGCUGUUUGCUGCUCUUCAGGAUGUUUUCUGGCAGAAUAAUUAAGCUGGUGGUUUUUGAGCUUCUUGAGUUUGCUGCCUUCUCCGUCCCUACCCUUGUGAUAAUGGAACAGUUUGCUACUGCCUAUCAGAAGACAAGGGACGGCUCUGACAGGACGCACUAUUGGCUCAUUGUCUCCUGCUCCAUUGCCUAUGUGGCUGCAAUGAGUCUCUUGAUCUGGGUUCCGAUAAAAGUUGUCUUAUUCAAGAGAUGGCAUCUUUACAAAAAAAUUGUAGGAUGGAGACCUGUUCUGAUGAUGUGUGUGGUGCUCACCACUCUCCCCAGCUUCAGCUUCUCUAUAGCAGUCACCGAGGUUCAAAAGAAUUUCAAUGGAUCACAAAACUCAGUGCCUGACUCCUUGCCUGACCUACCAGUGUCCCUGGUCCUAUUCUCUCUGAUCGUGGUUGACAUUACUGAGAAACUCAGGAUCUACCCUCUAAGAGGGAGUCAACAAAGUCACGAAGACAACGACAUCCAUAUAACCUCUUUGCACCAGAUAAAGACUGUGACAGAACAGGUGGUACAUGGUGAUGAAAAUCCUGCACCUGCCCAGGCAGCCAAGCCCACUGUGAUGUCCCAGCCCCACCACCACAUGACAGUGCUGGUGGGGCCGCUGGAGCCCUCAUUUCACUCUGGAAUCCUGAGGACAAUGUCUCACAGAGAUGUCCGAGCCGAGCUGUUCCUGCGAAGCUUCCUCACGUGGUCAGACACUAUAGAAAUGUUGCGUGUGGCUGGGCACUACGCCGUGUACAGUUCGGGUUGGCUGUACCCGGUCUACAUAUUCAGUUACAUCUCUCUCCUGCGAAUGGUCUUCACGCCUAAGAAUCCUCUUCUCAAUUCCAUGGGGGUCCUGCUGCAGGAUUUGCCCUUUGUUUUUCUUAGACUCAGUUUAAUCAUUGCCCUGGGGACGAUCACGCCAGUACUGGGCCUUUGUAAAAAUAUCCUAGUGACUGUCUCCUACGUUUACUUCAAUUAUGUCACCAAACUCAGGCCUUUCUCUGCCUUUGAAACAUCUCCAUUUUAAGCAGCAAAUGUUAAGAAAGUAAGUCCUCCUGAUUACGCACACAAACACAUUUGUAUAGUGUUUCUAAGCAGAAGCUUUUGCAUUACAUAGAAUUAACCACUUCCAAACUGUAGCAUAGCUUUUUUUUUUUUUUAAAAAAAAAAAAAAUAUAUAAGUGGUGCUACCUUUAAGUAAAGUUAUAUUCUUCCAAAUUGUUUCUUCCUGGCUUCUGAAAACCUUAGUUGUUGAUUUUAGCCAUGCAUAUCCCACUUUUUUUUUUUUUUUCUAAAAAUCACUCCUCAAUAAAGCCUGUUAAAGUGCUGGGAACCAUGAGCUAGCUCAAGAAUGAGAUUUUCAUCACAUGGACAUUGAAGAAUAUUUUAAGGCUUAAUUAACUGAAAUUAGUUUUAGAAACCCAAAGAUAUUGAAUUUAUUUUAGAGUUUUCUUGGAAAUCUGAAAACUGUAGCUUUAGGGUCUUCUUCAAAGCAUAAAAUUUCAUUCUCUCUCUCUCAAACAUGCAGCAGUGAGGAUUGAACCAGAGCCCUGGCCACACUCUCCUAGUGCUCUACCAAUGAGCUGCACCCUUAGUCUUAGAAAUACAUUUUUUGCCCUGCUACAAUGACUGCUAUUCAAUUCAUUGACUGUGUUAAAAAGAGAGAGAGUGUGUGUGUGUGUGUGUGUGUGUGUGUGUGUGUGUGUGUGUGUGAGAGAGAGAGAGAGAGAGAGAGAGAGAGAGAGAGAGAGAGAGAGAGAGAGAGAGACUUCAGCUAACACUAACUCAGCAAAGCUUCAUUAAAGCCACUUGGUCUGGUAUGGAGACAAGGUACACGGUGAUUCCUAGAUAAAGUUUUAUAAUGGAAACCAUAAACUGUAGACAAGGUAUAAGAAUGUAACGUGGAUGGAAUUUGAUACCAUCAUAAAAAAUCAAGGACAAGCCAUAUUUAAAAUGAGAGCUUGAAGGUAGCAUGAUAGUUAAGGUGGCUUAUCUUGCAUUAGGUCAUGAAUGUCUUGGUGCUUUGAUAGUCAUACACACAGUCACGAACUCUGCAGGUGCUCUGUUGGCACAGAUAUCAUAUCCACAGCAGAGGGUCUCAGUUAAGAGUGGGUUGUAAGAGGUUUAUGGGUGCAGAGCAAUGAUUCACAUUAUCAUCUCCUCCCUGACCCAUGGAAACAAAUAGCUUAUGAAUAGACGGAUAAUUCUGAGUGUUUCUGGCCUCUGCACUGAGGCCCACAGGCUCCUUUCCCAUUGUGUCUUAUGGCUCCCACUCUGUAGAGAAAGUCUACACAUAAUUAUUAAGCCUUGCUUGCCAGCUCUGUGAUUUGGGGUUGUUUCCUAGAAUGCUUUGGCCCCUGCUGCUCUGUGUAAUAGAUGAACACAAUAUAAAUAUUCCUUUAAUAGUGUUGGGUGAAUGUAGGAUUUGGGACACUCUCAAUAUGGUGUCUGAUAAGUAAUAACACCUUAACAAAUGCUAAGCAUUUAAUGGUACCAUCCCACAUCCUGCCCACCCUCUGGGAAUAAUAGUUUAUACCUGGCAUUUGUGGGACAUAACAUGUAGGAUUUUAAGGUUACCCCUACAUUUAGAUGAAUGUGAAUGUGAGAAUUCAUUCUUCCAUUUGAACAGAAUGUCUAUGAGUUUUCAAAUAACCCAGACUAUAGCACUUUGUUUCCUUCUUUUAUUUCCAUUUUUAUUUUGGAGGCAGGGUCUCACCAUGUAGCCCAGGCUGGUCUGAA